AUGAACUCUCAAUACACAAUAGACACUGUACCACAAAACUUGAGCAAAGAAGAAACUAUAGUGCAAAUUGUGGAAGUCCUGGAUCACCUCAAAUCCGUUACUCAGGAUAUAUUUUCUCGAAUUGAUAAGAGGCUUACACAGAACACGGACAAACUAACAAACAUUUCAACGAGAAUUGAUGUGGCUGCAAAUAAAAUCAAUACGUUGAAAGACGAUAAAAAGGCCAAAACUGUGUUUUCGAGCAGCAAAUACCCUGCUAUUGAUGUAAAUAGAGAUUAUCAUUCAAUUUUCAAAGAUGCACCAAAAAUUGAAAGAGUUAGGCAUGAAGUUAAGUACAAAAAAUAUGUUUCUACUUAUGAGCCUUUGUCUAAACUUCAAUUUUAUCAUGUGAAAAUGCCUCAUAAGGAAAAUAUCCGGGUCUCUGAUGGAUUAGGAGAAGUACCAGUGGACACAAAAUGCAUAAAUGAUCUGUUGCUAUUCAACACAGGCAAAAAUGUUUAUAAAGAUUUUAAAUUUAGCGAUUCCCUCAAGGGGCCAGAAAUCACUAACAACAAAGAGCAAUAUUCCACAUCUGAACUAGGCCCUGCACCGCCUUCAGUAAGUCAAAGGUCAUCAAUGCAAGGCAUCAAUAAAGAAAAUUACUUUUAUACACCAAAAGUGGAAGAGCUACCAGCCUUGGAUGUACCUUGGGAUUUACCUGACUUACCAGGCAUUGCUGAUGAUGUACGUUAUGAAAUUGAUAGUGGAAUAAAUAUAGCCCCAUCUGCAAUGAAUAGUCAAAUAGCAGAUUUAGACUUACCAAAUAUAUUAGAUGAUGAUAAGAGUAUUGUAGAAGAAAGUGCUCCACCACCACCACCUCCCUUAGAAGUUAUACCUGAACUUCCUAUUCACAUGCCAGCCAAUCCAGCCAUUGAAGUUGAAGCUAACAAGACUCCUGUAGAAGCUCCUACCAUUGUUGAUUCAGGACCCAAAGUUGUUGAAGAACCAUCAGUCAAUGUUCCACCACCACCACUUCCAGUUGUCACUCUGCCUGAAAACAACUCCAGAGCAAACCUAAUGGAUGCAAUAAGAAAAGCUGGUGGUUCUCUCAAGGCAAAUCUAAAAAAAACAGGUGAUCAACCUCAAAAUACUAAAAACGCUCCAACUUCAGGGGAUUUGAUGGCAGAUUUGCAUUCAAAGCUGCUGAUGAGAAGAAAAGGCAUACAGGGGGAUAAGAAAGCCGAUUCUGGUAAUUCUAGCCUAAGCACUGCUGAUUCUGCUUUUCAAAGACUGUCAUCUAUAAUUCCACCACCACUGAAAAGCAGUGAUGUUGGCAGUGUGGUGUCAACUGAUGAUGAAGCAUGGAAUGAAGAUGAUGAGGAUUAA